AUGGAUGAAACGGGUGUAGACUAUAUGGUCUUGUCGUUGACGUCUCCGGGAAUCCAAGGCACCUUACAUGUUCGCCUUGCCGAGGAGACUGCAACACGAGCCAAUAACGAUAUUGCAGCAUCAAUUUCCAACAAUACGAUGAGGUUUGGAGCAUUUGCUGCUCUUUCAAUGCACAAUGCAACACAGACUGCUCUAGAACUUCGUCGCUGUGUUAAAAACCUCGGUUUCCAUGGAGCACUGCUGAAUGACUUCCAGCAGGCUGGGGCCGAUAAUAAUACUCUUCUGUACUACGAUACUCCGGAGUACGACCCGCUCUGGCAGAUGGCUGUCGAUCUUGAUGUUCCGAUCUACCUUCACCCCAGACCACCUACAGCUCUCAUGAACCGUGUGAACUUUGCCCACUCCCCUUGGAUGCUGGGGCCUGCCCAUCAGUUCGCCGUCACCCUUUCCAAUCACAUUGUUGGCCUCUGUACCAACGGGGUUUUUGAUCGUUUUCCUACACUUAAGGUCAUUGUUGGCCACCUCGGAGAACGCAUACCGAGCGACUUUUGGCGUAUUGAUGAGAUACUUAUGCGUAGGGUGCCCGAGGGCAUACCAAUGCGGCGUCCAUUUUCCUCGUACUGGCGAACAAAUAUAUGGGAGACAACAACCGGUAACUUCUGGACGGAACUGCUCAGCUUUCAUCGCAGUAUCCUCGGGGAAGAUCGCAUCUUGUACUCCGUCGACUACCCCUUUGUCAUGAUGCAGCAGGGAGCGGAAUGGGUUGAUUCGUUACAGCAGAGCAAUUCGACCAAACUGAACUUCAUUAGGAAUCACGCCAUCUCGCUGUUGAAGUUGAACACUUAA